AUGGAAAAGGAAACUUUGAUAUACAUCAUAGCCUUGGCAUGUUGGACUUGGUAUUUCUUCAUUCUACUCGUACAAGCGAUAGGCUCUACUCAAUUGUUUCGUUACUACUCUUCCGUUCCCAAGCCUGCCAUCUCUCCAAAUUUAGACAGCGAUGACAUUCCCCAUAUCACGAUUUUACGACCAGUGAAAGGGCUAGAGCCGCAAUUAUACGAAUGCCUCGCGGCCACAUUCAGACAGACAUACCCUACAAAUAAGUUAACAAUAUACUUUUGUGUUGGGUCAUCCACAGAUCCUGCAUUCCCAGUUCUUCAACGUCUGCUGGCAGACUUUCCCGAAUUUGAUGCCAAAGUUUUCAUUGAAGAAGAAGAUCCCAACCUGAGCGGCCAUGGAGGAGAAAUUGGCAACCUUGGACCCAAUCCCAAGAUUCGGAACAUGAGUCGCGGAUACAGAGAGGCAAAGGGAGACAUUGUGUGGAUCCUCGAUUGUAAUGUCUGGGUUGGAACCGGUACUGCUGGACGAAUGGUCGACAAGCUCUGUGGAUUGAGGGCAGAUGGCACAAGGAUCACACCAUAUAAAUUUGUCCACUUGUUACCAUUGGUUGUAGAUACAGUUGGAACCAGCACAGGUGGGGAGACUGAACAACUUCUCACAGCCGGGCAACAAAUUACGUCUACAAAUUCAAUGGCCUCUAAUAUUACAAAUGUUCCGAAGAACGAGUCUAAUUUCGAUGCAGGCGCAAGAAUUGGUGGUGGACGUUUUGAAGAAUCCUUUAUGGCGUCUUCGCACGCUAAGUUCUACACUGCAAUCAAUACGGUACUUUUCUCGGGAAAUAUUUGCGAAGAUCAUCUAAUUGGAGACUUGUUAUGGCGAAAGCAGGUACCGGAAGAGGAGGCUGGAGAAAGGUGGCACAAACAUGGUUUGGUUCCUGGUGACUUGGCUAUACAACCAAUGGCUGGUAUGUCAGUUCGAGAAUACAUCGCACGCCGAGUACGUUGGCUCAGAGUUCGAAAAUGGACCGUUACACUGGCCACAUUUGUUGAGCCUGGUGUUGAACCCCUUUUAUGCUCAGCCUAUGGCUCUUUCGCAAUCACAACACUACCUUGGUUUCAUGAAAACUUAAGUGUACCUCAGACAUGGCUUGCUUUUGCCUUGGUUUGGUUAUCAAAUGUUGCCGCGUGGAUGACCCUUGAUUGGUUCGUCUAUGCUCACCUUCAUUCUGGUGCAUCUAUUGAGCUGGAUGCAAAUACGCCUUCCUUUGCACGACCUCCACAGACGAGAUGCAGAAGACCCUUUAAAGAAUGGGCAUCUGCAUGGCUCGGCAGAGAAAUCCUUGCCUUACCUAUUUGGACAUGGGCAUGUCUUGGUGGAACGACAGUAAUGUGGAGAGGAAAAAAGUUCCGCGUCAAUCUUGACAUGAAAGUCAUCGAGAUCAAGGGCGAGAAGAAAUCAUCCACCCCUGAAAUCGAAAAUGGACGAGCGCACAGUAAAGAUAGACAAGAUUGA